AUGUUUUGCAGGAGACCUCUGACUCUGCGUUCAACCGGGGAAUGCCAGCACAAGGAGUAUCCGACCAUCAUCGGCUCCUUCCAGAGGACGCAGUCCAUCGCCAAAGCAGCGCUGGCCCGCAAAGAGAGGGAGCAAACCAUGCUGGGUUCAUACCCUGAUAGGCAAGGCAUGCCCAACCGCAUCAAGACGUUUGCGCUAAGCGCAUUCUCGAUGUAUCCCAUCAUGCCUUUUCUGGCAGAGAUGCCACG